UCAUCUGAUAUAUAAUAUUACAGGGUUAAAUGAUAUGAAUUAACAAUUUAAUUAAAACUAAAAAUAAAUAAAUAAAUUGCAUACAUUUAAAUUCUGGUCUUACCUCUCUUUGGCACUUACCUCAUCUUGAAGUCUUUUGGGGAGAUUUAAGUCCUGAAGUCAUUAGAUUAGAAAUUAGGGUUUAAUUUAAUUUAGAUUUAAGAGAGCCUGCAGAUUUCUGCUAUUUCCCAAGUGUAAAGGGAUGUCACACUAAAUAGCUGACACUUUAUCUUAUAAUUUUAAAUUAUAAGAUAAAUAAUAUUUUUAUUCAGUAAUUUUACUACUGUAAAAAAUCCUGUAUUUUCUGAAUGUAUUCUUUUUUUUUACUUUUUUUCAUUUUUUUUCAAGAAAAUAGAAGGGGAAAAAAUCCAGACAGAACAAGGGACAUCAGGCAUAAUCAUCAUAGAUUAACAAAGAUGCUCAAAUAUUAGCCUAUUUCAAAAAUACAGUAUUGUAGACAUAACUGUAAAAUAUACAUCAUCAUUUAGCAUGCUCCCACAAUGCACUGCAGAAUACAGUAGUACUGUAAUUUUCAAAUUUUUCAAAUCUAUUGUAAAUAUUUACUGUAAAAUUUACAGCAAUUUGUUACAGUGCAUGUAAAACAGAAAAGAAAAAGAAAAGGGAAUAAAUAAAUGAAAAAAUAUAAAUAAAUAAAAAGCAAGGCAUAUACAUCUCAAAUUGUAUUAAAAAAAUAUACAUUUUCCCCAAUAUACACCACAUUUCUCUCGUUUAUGUCUCAGAGAGAAAGUCAAAAUUCCAUUACAUGAAUUUCCUUAACUAUUUCUAUCCAUUCAGCAAUCUAUUCAGCAAUCGGGAAAUCUAUACUUAGCCAUUUCCUUGUAAUUGCUUUCUUGCUACCUGCUAAAAGUAUUUGUUUCUGACUGUAUUCUAAUAAAGAUGCUUCCUGUAUACCUCAGUGGUAGAGCAUUGUGUCAGCAGAGAAAAAGGUUAUGGGGAACGCACAUUCGUAAAAUGUAUGCUUUGUAAUGCACUGUAAGUCGCUUUGGAUAAAAGCGUCUGCCGAAUGCAUAAACAUAAAUAUAAUAUAUAUAAAUAUAGUUAUUGAAAGAAAUGAUAUGGUUACUUACUAUACAAUUGCAAAAACAACAAAGCUAAUGGUGGCCUAUAAGCUUUUAUAUAUACGGUAUAUGUGCAAAAGUCUUUGGCCAAGAUUAUCAUUAAUUCUAAAACAAUAAGUGAUAAAUGUAGAUCUCGUAAUGUUAAACUGCUUGCAGUCGUUUAUCUUUCAAUACAGUUAUAUAGUUUUGUUUCAUUGCUUACAAAAACAGUUUGACUUCUUCCCUUGAUUCACAUUUAGGUUGAGUGAAACUUAAAACAUUUUUUUUUUUAAUUGUCAGUUCAGUUCUCACUUCAAAACAUUUGUAAUUAUUCUUGCAAUUGUAAAAUAACAUAAAGUUACACUUGCAACUGUACUAAAUCAUUGAUAAAGACCAAAUAAAGUUGGCAUCAUUUAAUUACAAACAAACACAUCAGACAUUUCAUGUCUAUCACGGUCCGUGACACUCAUAUGCUGCUAUCUGUUCAGAGAAAAGAGCUGACUGUGUCUAUUGAAAAGGUUGGUCUGGUUAUUUCACCUAAUUCUGCCACCCUUAUUCCACAAUGCAUGCAUUGUUGCUUGUUUAAAUUCUAUACGCCCCGGGGACAAUUGUGUCGCUGAACUGCCACUAUUUAUGCGGCUUUGCCAUUGUCAACAGUGCAAAAUACCUCGGGGGGCCAGCAUGUUCCUGCUGCCUCUGAGCGCUAGGCCUCACGUAAUUUAUAUAUUCUCUGGUCUGCUGUGGAGUGACUUUUGACUUGUUGGGUGUAGUGGGGGAUGGAUAGCUUCAAAAGUGAAUUGUCCAUUCUUGGAGAUGGAUUCACAUGGAGUACUCGAGUGUACAGCCGACGCCUUGUGUCUGGAGGUCAGGCCUUUGCAGAGGGUCAGCGGUGUCAGACAAGCCCACAGGAAGGCCCUUAGCCUGGAUUAUACAGAUGCCCAUCGAGAGGCUAGAGGCGAAGAAUCCCCAAGGAGAUAUUAUGAUCCGUUUUUUCCAGAGCAUACGCUACGAUCCAGCCAGCAGUCGUCCUCCUCCCCGUGCCAUAGGACGAGUUCCUCUGCUCAGUCUUCUCGUGACAGGACCAGUAUGUUCUCUAGGAUGGUUGGGCUAGAACCUGUUGAGUCGAAUAUUAUUAGAGACUCACAGAUCUCCCCCGAGGAUCAGGAAGCAGGCAGCUCUUUCAACUGCAGAGCUCCUCUGAUGUCUGUCAGCAGCUCGGAGGAGGAACAUGAGGUUGGAGAACAGACUGGCAGAGCUACAGCAGUGCUCAGCGUGGCUUCAUCUCUGCUUACACCCACUCCCACCAGAGAGCGCAGGCUUAGUAAAAGAGAAAAAAAACGACUAAAGAGCCUGAGGAGAAGACAGAAGAGGAGAGAACGAUGCAGACAGAGCCAGCUGCAAGAGAAUUUGCAGAGCUCUACAGGGAACCCAUCUAGCAGCAGUGAGGAUGAAGUGUUACCAGGGCCGGAUCGUGAAGGCUUCAUCUGUGCUGUAUGUCUGGAUGUCUACUUCAAUCCAUACAUGUGCCACCCCUGCAGCCACAUCUUCUGUGAACCUUGUCUGCGGACGCUGGCCAAAAACUGCCCCACUAACACACCCUGUCCUUUGUGCAGAACCACCAUUACACAUGUUUUCUUCCAGAAAGAUCUAAACCAUACAGCACGUACAUUCUUCCCAAAGGAAUACCUGUCUCGAAAGCAGACCUUCCAGAAAGCAAGCUGCGCGAAAUGGCCCCUUCCGAGCUGCCGUAAAAUGUUUCGAAUGUUUGGAGGCUUUCAAAGACAGCCAAGUCCAACUGGCAGGCGACAGUUCCCUCGCGGCGGAUACAGGCUCGAUGCCUUUAACUUUGAGGAUGAUUCGCAUGGCUGGCGAUUUGACAUGGACAUGAGGUACAAGAAAGCUGUCUGCAGUGUACAGUAUAAGAUCUUUCAUACCAAUACAGAAGACAGUCAAGAAGGCAUACAUAUAUUGGACUAUCAGUGACAGGAAUGCAUUCAUCCAAUUGAAAUUUGAGAAUAUGAUCAAGAAUGAAUGUAAAAUGUAAUGAAUUUUGAGUUUGGGGUUUGCCUAAUAUGUAGCCAGAGCUUUGACUAAUGCUUAAGCACACUUAUUUCACAAGUUGUAUUUACAGUGGCCCUAAAAGGAAUUUGGGUAAGUACUGCGAAUACUUUAAUAAAGUAUUUUUUUACAAAUCAUUUGUGCUACUUUAACCUAUCCAUAUUGAAUACUCAAAAUGGUUUGCUCGGGUUUUUUUCUUCUUUUUUUGCUCAAAUGGCCAUGAUUUUUAUCUGUUCUCAAUAACCAACGCUGAGUUUACAUUGUGUGAUAAAUCUUUUGAAAUAAGAAGUACCUUCAAGAUUUACUAGACAUAAUUUACUAUUAAUUUGAAUUCUACUGCAUGUGACCCUGGACUACAAAACCAAGUCGCAUGAGUAUAUUUCUAUCAAUAGCCAUCAAUACACUGUGUUUUUAUGCCAAAAAUUAUUAGGAUAUUAUGUAAAGUUCAUGUUCCAUAAAGAUAUUUUGUAAAUAUAUCAAAACUUUAUUUUUGUGAGUGGAUGCAGUUGCUAAUAUGAACUAUAUACACUCACCUAAAGGAUUAAUAGGAACACCAUACUAAUACUGUGUUUGACACCCUUUUGCCUUCAGAACUGCCUUAAUUCUACAUGGCAUUGAUUCAACAAGGUGCUGAAAGUAUUCUUUAGAAAUGUUGGCCCAUAUUGAUAAGAUAGCAUCUUGCAGUUGAUGGAGAUUUGUGAGAUUCUCUAUUGGGUUGAGAUCUGGUGACUGUGGGGGCCAUUUUAGUACAGUAAACUCAUUGUCAUGUUCAAGAAACCAAUUUGAAAUGAUUUGAGCUUUGUGACAUGGUGCAUUAUCCUGCUGGGAGUAGCCAUCAGAGGAUAAGUACAUGAUGGUCAUAAAGGGAUGGACAUGGUCAGAAACAAUGCUCAGGUAGGCCGUGGCAUUUAAACGAUGCCCAAUUGGCACUAAGGGGCCUAAAGUGUGCCAAGAAAACAUCCCCCACACCAUUACACCACCACCACCAGCCUGCACAGUGAUAACAAGGCAUGAUGGAUCCAUGUUCUCAUUCUGUUAACGCCAAAUUCUGACUCUACCAUCUGAACGUAUCAACAGAAAUCAAGACUCAUCAGACCAGGCAACAUUUUUCCAGUCUUCAACUGUCCAAUUUUGGUGAGCUCGUGCAAAUUGUAGCCUCUUUUUCCUAUUUGUAGUGGAGAUGAGUGGUAACCGGUGGGGUCUUCUGUUGUUGUAGCCCAUCCGCCUCAGGGUUGUGCGUGUUGUGGCUUCACAAAUGCUUUGCUGCAUACCUCGGUUGUAACGAGUGGUUCUUUCAGUCAAAGUUGCUCUUCUAUCAGCUUGAAUCAGUCGGCCCAUUCUCCUCUGACCUCUAGCAUCAACAAGGCAUUUUCGCCCACAGGACUGCCGCAUACUGGAUGUUUUUCCUUUUUCACACCAUUCUUUGUAAACCCUAGAAAUGGUUGUGCGUGAAAAUCCCAGUUACUGAGCAGAUUGUGAAAUACCCCGACUGGCCCGUCUUGCACCAACAAACAUGCCACGCUCAUAAUUGCUUAAAUCACCUUUCUUUCCCAUUCUGACAUUCAGUUUGGAGUUCAGGAGAUUGUCUUGACCAGGACAACCCCGCUAAAGGCAUUGAAGCAACUGCCAUGUGAUUGGUUGACUAGAUAAUUGCAUUAAAGGUAGGGUAACAGAUUUGAUCCUGAAACAUUUUUUGUUAUGCUGGUUAAAAGUCUCCUUACAUCCUGAUAGCAAUCACUGUGUUAAGUUGUUUAAAUGUAUUUGUAGAAAUUUAUGUCAUCUGUGUAAGGCGUAGGACCAAAAAAUGUUCAACAAAUCAUAGAUUUCGGUCCGAACGGACGUUUCCAUUUUUGUCCCUCAUACGUAAGCAUAAUUUGAAUGCCCACCGCGCAGCGAGUCCACACAGACACCAUACGUCAUCGGCGCGUUCAUGUGCGCUCACCUCCUGCCUGUAAACAGUGAGAACAGCAAACUUUUCUGCUAAAUUGACAACCUACACAGGAGGCACAAAACUAAAGGCAUCUUUUAUAACAACAACAGCAAAAACUGCCUGGAUCAGCAAGAGCAAAACCCCAAAUGAACAUCGGUAACUUUACUGCUUUACCACGAGAUGCAAACAGCUGCAGGAAGCAAAGGGUCUUGAAAGAGUCGUUGCACAGUUUAUUUUGGUAAGGUAGGUACGCGAUAUGUUUGUAUUGAGAUGGAUUCAGAUAUUCUACUUUGAUGAAACAUUGUGUUGUUUAUGAAAUUUGUGUUCGUUUACGGAUUAGCGUAACGAUAUAGUUACUACGUCUACACAACCGAACGUGUGCUUAAACUAAUUCUGAUGUAAACCAGUUGUUUGGUUAUUUUGGCAGUGUUAUUCGACUUUGUACUGCAAAGUUUUCUCAUUGCUGAAUGAGACAUGAGAUGUGACCGUCUGAUCUGUGCGUGUUCAUGUGUUUUGGAAGAGGCGUGACUUUGGAUGGCGGUUUGACUUGAGGGUGGGAUCGAGAUUUCAUUGCUAGGCGGCUACCGUUAGCAUUUUUCAAAAUGUGUUACCCUACCUUUAAUGAGAAAU